CAGCUUUCUCACUUGCCUACAACUGGGAAUAAUCUGCUUCACUGGAGAAGAUUUCCUGCCUGCAAUGAAGGCGAAUGUCAGGCCAGAUGAACUGCUGGAGCAGGCGUUACCGAUGCCUUUGGGAAGGAGUCCUGUUCUCGUCCGCGUUUCGUCCUGCUGUAGCAGUCUCAGCCAGCAUUCCCUAGGGAUCAAAGAACAGCCUUGGGGAUAUUUUUCCAUUUUCCCAGCAAAGUGUUUCCUAAAAUUCUUGAGACAGAAAUGCUGUGAAUGAUUUCCUUGUGCGUUAUCUGACCGCUCCUUUCCUCUUUGCUGAAAAACCAGCUGAGUACGCGUGAGGCUGCUAUCUGGCUGAAUAUCCUAUACAUUGUGGUGGUGUCACUGCUGGUAUGUAACUCCCGGCCUUUUUUUUUUUUUAACGCUUUCCUGUUAGAUCUGGGGGCAGAAGGAAACAAGACUCUUCCUGGCCCGCUUAUGGAGCCAACUAAUAUUUGUCUGCAGCAGUUCUUGCCGUUGGUGUGUGCCGGGCAGGUCAGAGCCGGGGUUUGGGAUCGCGAGCAGGCUGCGGGGCUGGCGUUGAGGCACAGCUCGCUGCCUCAGCGAGAGCUUUUUCAUGGUGAAAGGAGCAGCCCUUUUCUUACAACAAGGAAACAGUUCGCAGGGCCAGCGAAGCCUCCAGCAUCCUCACAAACAUGCAGGUGACUUGCCCCAGCACCUCCAGGUGAUGAUCAACCUCCUUCGCUGUGAGGAUAGGAUCAAACUGGCUGUCCGUUUGGAAAGUGUGUGGACAGACAGAGUCCGGUACAUGGUGGUUGUAUACAGCAACGGGCGGCAGGACACAGAAGAGAAUAUUUUGCUGGGUGUGGAUUUCUCCAGCAAGGAGAGUAAAAGCUGCACUAUAGGAAUGGUUCUUCGGCUGUGGAGCGAUACUAAAAUCCAUCUUGAUGGUGAUGGUGGCUUCAGCGUGAGCACUGCAGGGAGAAUGCACAUCUUCAAGCCAGUGUCUGUGCAAGCCAUGUGGUCUGCUUUACAGAUCCUCCAUAAAGCCUGCGAAGUUGCGAGAAGGUACAACUACUUCCCAGGUGGGAUGGCCUUGGUCUGGGCCACGUACUACGAAAGCUGCAUCAGCUCCGACCAGAGCUGCAUCAACGAGUGGAAUGCAAUGCAGGACCUGGAGUCCACCCGCCCCGACUCUCCAGCGCUGUUUGUUGACAAGCCAACUGAAAGGGAACGAACAGAACGGCUCAUUAAAGCCAAACUCCGGAGCAUCAUGAUGAGCAAAGAUCUGGAAAACGUGACUUCGAAGGAGAUACGAAAUGAGCUGGAGAAGCACAUGAAUUGCAACUUGAAAGAAUUCAAGGAAUUUAUAGACAAUGAAAUGCUGCUUAUCCUGGGUCAGAUGGACAAACCGUCUCUGAUUUUUGAUCAUUUGUAUCUGGGGUCGGAGUGGAACGCCUCUAACCUGGAGGAGCUGCAGGGCUCGGGCAUUGACUACAUUCUGAAUGUGACCAGGGAAAUAGAUAACUUUUUUCCUGGUUUGUUCGCCUAUCACAACAUCCGGGUGUACGACGAGGAGACCACAGACCUCCUGGCUCACUGGAACGAGGCGUAUCACUUCAUCAACAAGGCCAAGAAGAAUCACUCCAAGUGCCUGGUGCACUGCAAGAUGGGCGUGAGCCGGUCGGCAUCUACUGUUAUAGCUUAUGCAAUGAAGGAGUUUGGCUGGUCACUGGAAAAGGCUUACAAUUAUGUGAAGCAGAAACGCAGCAUUGCAAGACCAAACGCAGGCUUCAUGAGACAGCUUCUGGAAUACGAAGGCAUUUUAGACGCAAGCAAGCAGCGCCACAAUAAGCUGUGGAAGCAGCAGGCAGAGAGCAACCUCCCUCAGAACACAGACGGCAGCACAGGCUCGGGAGACUUCUUACUCGAGAGCUUAGACGUCGACCUCGAAAACCGCCUGGCUGACCUGGACACCCCGUCGCAGUCGGUGUACCUGGACAACCGAGCCGGCCCAGAAGUGCCCGUGGGGUAUAAUUACUGCUUCCGCCGCCUCUCGGACACGCUGCUGGAGAACAAGGUGCCCGGUGACAGGGAGAGCUUCUUCCACGUGGAGGAGCUGGAGCGGGACGCGCUUGCGGAACGUGCCACCUCGCUGGUGAGGCAGCCUCCAUCUGUGCCUUCGGAGGGGAGGCCGGAGGUGGUGAAGGGCCUGGAGACAGGGGAGCCGCUGCCGGCGCUGAGCGGUUUCCAGGAGGUGAAGAAGAAACUGGACUUCAGCCCCCGGAAGGCAAGGCUGAUGCUGGGACCCGGGGAGCCAGGGGAGGAUGGUAUCAGGGAGGAAAACCCAAUGGAGAAGUGGAAGCGCCGUUUGUCCGUGCACAAGGAGGAGAGCAGGCUUAAUAGAGAGAACUUGAAUAACAACAACAGCAAAAGGAGUUGCCCAGAGGAUUUUGAGCACGAUGCCGUAUUUGGGAUCCUCAGCAAAGUCAAACCUCCCUACCAGUCUUGCGCUGACUGCAUGUACUCCUCGGCCGGUUUGUCUCCCGACUCCUUCGGGGAGCAGUGCGAGAAGCUGAACCCCGGCUCCGCGCGCCACAGCUCCACCAUCUGCACGCAGCCAGCCCUCCUCUCCCACCUCCCCUCCAGCUUGGCGGACCACCUGCCCAGCAAGGCGCGCGCAGAGGAGGUAAUCAGAACUAAAAAUAACGAGGCUCCGCUUCCUCUGCCAGCGGGAACUGGCACUUUGGAAGCUGGUACUUGUAAAUCAGCGGCUGAUCAGCAGUGCAGCCUUUCAGAGAAAGGGAAGGACGCACCAAAAACCCCGGUCAAAACCCUGCAGCCCAGGAGAAACUCACACUGUGACAAGAGCCUCCUUAGUGCAGAAGUGGUGAAAGAAGAGUCUCUAGCCAGAAAAGACAGCAAACCCACCAAGGAUCUGAAGUACUUGUUGUUUAGUAAAGACUUGGAAAAGCCGACUGCAAGCAGUUACUUAAUGCAGCAUCAGGAGUCUCUCAUCCAGCUGCAGAAAGCGGGCUUGGUCAGAAAACAUACCAAAGAACUAGAGCGGUUGAAAAGCCUGCCCUCGGAUGCCUCGUCCCUGCUCAGAGAGGGCUCCCUGAGCAGGGCUGAGCCCAGCAUCGUGGAGGAAAGCGAAGACCUGAUUUCACAUCACGGCCUCGUUCCCCUUCUGAGACCAGCACCGUUGAUACCUGAAGACGCCGAAAAUGAGGCAAAGUUAGAGGUCAAGCGCUUGUUGGAGGGGAUCUCUCAGAAAACCUCCACGCCGGUCGUGUGCAGGUUGGAGCACACGAGCAGCUUCACCAAGGACUUCCUGAAGACCAUCUGCUACACCCCCUCGUCCUCCCGGAGCUCCAACCUGACGCGCAGCUCCAGCAGCGACAGCAUCCACAGCGUGCGGGGCAAGCCCGGCCUGGUGAAGCAGCGAACUCAGGAGAUCGAGACCCGGCUGCGGCUGGCUGGUCUGACUGUUUCGUCUCCUCUGAAAAGGUCCAAUUCCCUCGCCAAGCUGGGCUGUCUUAACCUGUCCUCCGAGGACUUGUCCAGCGACAUGGACGUGUCGACCAUAACGGACUCGAAAGAGGCCGUUUCCAGCGAGUCUUCCGUGCUCUGUGAGCCACAGCCCGCUCCCAGGAGUGUGGAUGCCAGCUCCAAGCUGGCGGCGAAGCCAGCUGUCGGAAACUUGAAGAACACGCUGUGGAUGGGCAAAAGUUGAUGCCUUCUGUGGGGGGAGUAAGAGGGAGGCUGGAUUUCUGGGUUUUGUUUUUUUUUUUAAGGCGUUUAUUCGUUGCACCGAUGCAGUUUUAUCAUCUGACUUGCAGUAGUUCAUCUGAUGCCGCCUCUCCUUCCCCUCCGUGUACUCUUCACUGGGGAGAGAAAGAAACGUGAUGGGUCAUGAUGAGUGGCACAAGGGAAAAUAAAAUGUGUUGCAUGGCUUAGAAGAGGACUGUGUGUGAAUUGCCUGUUGUCCUGCAGGAUGCUACGUCUAGUGCUGUUUGCCAAGUGUAAUAACGUGGUGUUGUGUGUGUCUAUAUAUGGAUAGAUACUUGCAUCUCUUCAUCUAUCUAUAUAUAUAAAAUGCUGAAAUGCUCCGUUUCAA